AAUGAAAUAGAGAUAGAGGCGACAUCGUAUGCAACUUAACACUCAUCAGUCAUCGUUAACACGAGAGAAAAGGGGAAAACCCCAAUUAAGGUACUCGAAUUUGAAGCACGCAAAAUUGUAGUGAGCUUGAUUUCUGGGCUUGAGCUUUAAGUGCAAAAAUGAUUUCAAUUUGGCGGCAGAUCUCCAGAACUUUCACUUCUCCAUCGACAGCUUCAAUUCCAGCAUUUGCACCUCCGUCUUCUAGAUUCUCCUCCACUUCAUCUCCGUACUUAGUGAAGGUCGGUAUACCAGAAUUCUUGAGGGGGAUAGGGAACGGAGUGGAGGCUCAUGUGGAGAAGCUUGAGUCUGAGUUUGGGGACCUUCAAAGGUUGCUUGUUGUUCGCACUCUCAAACUCAAGAAGCUCGAAAUUCCGUGUAAACAUAGAAAGCUGAUACUGAAGUUUGCCCACAAAUACAGAGUUGGACUUUGGAGGCCACGAUCUGACAUGGUGAAAGUUUAGCUCCUUGUUGAUCAGCUGUUUUUUAAAGUGGUGCUGAAAAUUGAAGAUUACGCUUCACCUAUCUGAAUCAAAAUUGUACCUGGACGUCCUCUGGAUUUGGGACUGCCAUUAACCUCGACCUGUUCCGAAUUAUAUGGAUCGAGUUUUUGAUUUCAUUUGUGAAUCUUGAUGUGGGGUGGUUCAGUCUCAUGAAAUAAUUUUGCACUGAUCUUAUUUUGUUCCUUGUUGAUUCCCUUAUGAUUAUAGAAUUUAUGAUAAUAUUAGUUCUAGCUGUUUUUUUUUCUGCA